CUCUCUCUCUCUCUCUCUCACACACACACACUAUAGUAAGGGAAACAAGAAGACAUAUGCUUGCACACAAAGUCAGAAACCACCUGCUUAACUACUACUUCGAACCUCGCCUCCGUUCUCCGCCUGGACAACCACCAAAUUCCACCGUCUCAGCUCCCAAUCUCUUGCUCGAUUUCCGGGAUCAUUAUACAAAAUUGCUGAUAUCGUCAUAUUCUUCAUCGGAAUCUGUUUUGAUCUAAUAACAGGAAAUGGUUCGUCGAUGUGUUUGGGAAACGUUAGCAUGCCUCUCGACUGCAUUAGUGAUUCUGAAAUGCUGCUCGGUUGCUGCCGACGAGGUUACGUGUUCUGGAAUUGUACCGAUGGUGUAUCGGAAUGAUAAAAUAUCCAUAACGGAUUUCGGUGGAGUCGGUGAUGGGAGGACGUUGAAUACGAAAGCGUUCAAUGAGGCGAUUUACAGGAUUAAGCAUUUGAAGAGGAGAGGAGGGACGUUACUAUACAUACCUCCAGGUGUUUAUUUAACAGAGAGCUUCAACCUUACUAGUCGUAUGACUCUGUAUUUGGCUAACGGUGCUGUUAUCAAAGCCACACAGAACACAGCAAACUGGCCUUUGGUUGCUCCGUUGCCUUCAUAUGGAAGAGGACGAGAGCGUCCUGGAGGAAGAUAUCUGAGUUUCAUCCAUGGAGAAGGUGUCCAUGAUGUAAUUAUUACGGGUGAGAAUGGGACAAUUGAUGGGCAAGGUGGGAUUUGGUGGAACAUGUGGAGACAGAGAACCUUGCAAUACACUAGACCAAAUCUUAUCGAGUUCAAAGACUCUAGAAACAUCAUCAUCUCUAACGUGAUUUUCAAGAACUCCCCUUUUUGGAAUAUUCAUCCUGUAUACUGCAGCAAUGUUGUUAUUCGACAUGUCACCAUAUUGGCUCCAUCCGACUCUCCAAAUACAGAUGGAAUUGACCCAGAUUCAAGCUCCCACGUUUGCAUCGAAGACUCCUACAUCUCCACAGGAGAUGACCUAGUGGCUGUAAAAAGCGGGUGGGAUGAGUAUGGGAUCGCAUAUGGUCGUCCUAGCCACGAUAUUACAAUCCGUCGAGUCAGUGGAUCCUGUCCAUUCGCCGGAAUUGCAGUCGGAAGUGAAACAUCCGGUGGAGUAUAUAAUGUAUUCGCAGAGCAUAUAACUCUUAACCAUAUGGGAGUUGGAAUCCACUUAAAGACUAACAUCGGCAGGGGCGGAAUCAUAAGAAACAUCACCGUUUCCAAUGUUUACAUGGUGAAUGCUCGUAAAGGAAUCAAGAUCGCUGGUGACGUUGGUGACCAUCCUGAUGAAAACUACAAUCGGAAUGCACUACCAGUCAUAAAGCAUGUGAGGAUCACAAACGUAUGGGGAAAGAAGGUCCAGCAAGCUGGUCUAAUAAUGGGUUUAAAGAACUCCCCUUUUACGGAUAUUUGCCUAUCUAACAUCAAUCUUCAUGGCCCUACUGGUCCGAGAAAUGUUCCAUGGAAGUGCUCGGAUGUUAGCGGAGGUGCUAUUCAGGUUAUCCCGUCCCCGUGUUUUGAGCUUACCCGCAGUAAUCGGAAAUGCUUCACUCAUUUCUGAAUCUUGCUAUAUGUAAUAUUAUUGAAAGAUGAUAUAGAUAGAAAACAUUGUAACAUGAAAAGAACUUCAAUUGAUGCCAAAAUCAUAUUCAUAUAAUAGUCUCCACAUA